UGCUGGUCCAAAAUCAAACGAUUGAGGUCCUACUUGCAACUAUACUAGUCAUUUCCCCUCCUUACCCGCCCACUGGCACUGACUGGCUCCUUCCUUUUGCAGAGUGCAGAUCCACCUAAGCAUUCAUUCAUUCAGCCAGCGCUUUCUCUCUCUCACUCCAUGCAUUUGAUCCAAAAACGGUAAAGCAAUUCUUCACAAUCAACAGUUAUUACUCUUCAGAUCUACACACAUUCUCGUAUAGAUCACACCCAUAACUGAAAAAGAUGGAUUCAAAGCCUUCCCCAUCAUCGGGAAGGUACGAAAAUAACAAGAAACCAUAUUUGUCGAAAUCAGUAUCCGAUGCUAAUAGCCAUAACCAAAGCUUAGCAUCAAUUCUUAACAACCCACAUGCUGGAAAAUCAGAUGGAUGGUGGUGGCCAUCAAAUUCCUCAUCCCUUCCCGUCGUUCCUGAAUUCACCCCACUAAACCCACUUCCAAAACCCGGAUCUGAUAUUGCCAGAACCGAUUUUCUCCCUUACAUUACAUCCUUUUCCGACCCUUUUGCUCGUUUUCACGAUAUCCAACAGCACAGUAAAUCCAGCCUCCUCGACGAUCAAAAUGGUGAAAAUGCCCUUGUCGCAUGUCUUCGAGAAGUGCCCUCUUUGUACUUCAAAGAAGAUUUUCAGUUAGAGGAUGGUGCCACCUUUAAAGCUGCCUGCCCAUUUAGGACUACGGCGGAGAAUUUGGUUAUGCAAGAAAAGUUGUCACAGUAUUUGGAUGUAGUGGAGCUGCAUUUGGUGAGGGAGAUCUCUUUGCGUUCAAGCUCGUUUUUUGAGGCACAAGGGCAACUGGAGGAUCUGAAUACAAAGAUAGUUGAAGGGUGUAAGAGGAUCAGGGAAUUGAAAGAGACAAUAAGGCUACUGGAUACUAAUUUGGUGGGGCCUGCAAGAAAGUUGCAGGAGCUGAAUGUAAAGAGGAGUGAUUUGGUUGCUCUUCAGAACAAGCUGAAGCUCAUUAUAUACGUUAAGCAAGCUUUGUCAACUCUCAAUUUGCUAGUUGCGUCUGCAGAUUGUGCUGGAGCUUUAGAUGUUACAGAUGACUUGCAACAUUUAUUGGAUGGAGAUGAACUGGCUGGUCUACAUUGCUUUCGACACCUUCGUGAUGAAUUAGCUACUUCAAUUGAUUCUAUCAAUAGCAUUCUUUCAGCAGAAUUUUUGCGUAUAACCAUACAAGAAACUGGCAACAUGGAUGCGGCAAUUACAUCAAAAUUUAAAGCACGGGCAACCAUUGCAAUUAAUGGAGAAGGCCAUGAAGCUAAAUUGGAUGAAGAAGAAACCUCAAAUUUCCGUGACCGGCUUCUUCCAUUUGUUAUUGGAUUACUUAGAACUGCAAAACUCCCUGCUGUGUUGAGAAUAUAUCGUGACACUCUUACAGCUGACAUGAAAACAGCCAUUAAAACAGCAGUUGAAGAGCUGCUUCGUGUUCUGGUUGCUCAACCUUCGGAUUCAGAUUUUGUUGCUGGAGAGCGAGUAGCUGAUACAGAUGGUGGGAGCUCAUCUCUUGCCAGUAGAUUGAGAAGCCUGGCACCAGAAAGUUUUGUUCAACUUUUGAAGGCAAUUUUCAUGAUAGUGCAGGCGCACUUAGUCCAGGCUUCUGAAGUUAAAAAAACAAUUGAGUGGAUUAUCUGCCAUCUUGAUGAUCAUUAUGCUGCUGACUCAGUUGCUGCUGCAAUUGCACUUGGAGCAGCAGCUGCAGAGACUGCUAGUGAAAGUGAUGGUCAGAUCACCACCUUUUCACAAUUUUCUCCCCCAAGCAACUUUUCCAGGGUUUUUUCAAUUCAGGAGAAGGGAAAUGAUGCAACAACCAUGUCAAAUUUGUCGAGAAAUUUCAGAGCUGAUAUAUUGAGAGAGAAUACAGAAGCUGUAUUUGCAGCUUGUGAUGCUGCUCAUGGAAGAUGGGCAAAGAUCCUUGGAGUCCGUGCUCCUCUUCACUCUAAGUUGAGGUUGCAGGAGUUCCUAAACAUAUAUAACAUCACUCAGGAAUUUAUUACCGUCACUGAGAAAAUUGGUGGAAGGUUGGGGUAUAGUAUCCGUGGAACCAUACAAUCACAGGCCAAGGCCUUUGUUGAUUUCCAACAUGAAUCUCGAAUGGCAAAGUUGAAGGCUAUACUUGACCAAGAAAAUUGGGCUGAGAUUGAUGUCCCCGAUGAGUUCCAGACUAUUGUCACAUCACUGUUCUCUUCCAAGUCAGAGACCAGUGGACAUGCUGAUGAUGAUUCUGCUGACACUGCAACAAGCAAAAUUGAAGUGGUUCGAAACAGCAGUGAUCCUUCAAUGGUGGAUGCUGGACUCCUAAAUAUAUCACAUAAUACAGAGCAGACUGAUUCUACUAAAACACACCCAGAUAAUACAGCACAGAGUAAUGACACGAAAUCAAGAGAUCGCGGAAGAUCAUCUCCUAGAAUGCUAUCGUUUGGGGGUGUUGCGUAUCACAUGGUAAACUGUGGCUUGAUUUUGGUGAAGAUGUUGUCAGAAUAUAUUGACAUGAAUAAUAGUUUAACUGGCCUAUCAUCAGAAGUAGUUCACCGUGUUGUUGACAUCUUGAAGUUUUUCAAUACGAGAACUUGUCAACUUGUACUUGGAGCUGGAGCCAUGCAGCAGUGUUCAAAUCUCCCCUGAACCAUGUAUGUGCUCCUCCUUCAAGUGGAAAAUCAAAAAGCUCCAAGUCUUCUAUGGUAUCUGAGAAUUCUACCAUGGCAGAAGACCUUCUUUGUCAGUUCCUCUUCUCUGUGGGGAACCCUACACACAUUGAAGUCCCAGCAUACUACCCAAGGACCGUCCAUUACACCUCUAGGAAGUGCAUUCCAUUCAUAUCAGUAGCAUAAAACCCCACAUAAAGUCUCCAAUAACCAUUUACUCGCAUGCGUACUCUUCUCCACUUGCCAUUUCUGCACUGAUUCACCAAAUCAUCCAGAUAAGUAACGUUACAAGAAUGAUGAACUUGCUUUAUCGAUUAUCACGUGCACUUCAAUGACCUGGCUAGCUGAUUUGAACUUUUUGGUAGUCUUGAAUUGAUAGCCGCCACUUGGUAAUAAUUCUUCUGACUUGUUCAGGCUUCCAUCUUAUGAUUGAUGACUUCUCUGCGUAUCUCUGUGUAUUGCAGUAAUUUCGAUCCUUCUGGUCUCUUGGUGGAAAUUGAUGACAUGAUCUUUUAUAUUCCUGAGGCAUUUUAAUACACACUGCCUAAAAAAUUGGAUUGCUCACAAUAUGAUAAUCAUAGAUCUCUAUUCUCUUACUCCAUAGCUGACAUGGUCAUGUUUUUCCUUUCCUUUUUUAUGCCAAUUUGUAGGAGAUGGGUACACCAUCAAAGCUCUUUCAAUCUUUUUCAAAUUGACUCAAAAUUAUUUUUGCGCAUGAUGAUUUCAUUUCAAUAAUCAACUGCUACUCCUUUCAAAAGAUGUUUUCUUGCAAUAAAAAAAGGCUAUUAUCUUGCCAUUUCACCACAUUGAUUAUUGACUUCUGAUUGUUGUUGUAUCCCACUUGAAGGAUCUGGGGUGUAUGUUAGUGAGCACAUAUUUCUGGUCUGCGACUUGUUUUUGGUGGUUUUUAAGAUCACAAAUAUGCCAGAAAAAGUAUUAUAUUGAUGUUUUAUUUUUUCAGAUAUUCUUCUGAAUCAUUAUCAACCAAUAGAAGCUUUCAGCUUUUCUAUAGUUUGCCUGUAACUUGGACUAAACAUUUUCUAGUUUCUAUCUUGUAUAUGCAGUAUUGGUGUCGUUAAUUAGAGAAAAAAUUGCAGGUGUCAGGUUUGAAGUCUAUUACUUCUAAGCACUUGGCUUUGACAAGCCAAGUCAUCGGUUUCACAUACACUAUAAUUCCAGAAAUCAAGAGAAUACUG